CUUAGAAUAAAAUCUAAGCGGCCCAAAAUCCGCCUAAACUAGGUAUUCUUCAGCUUUAUACGAAUUUGUCGUCUUCGCCAGAGCCUUACUCUUUUGCCUUUAGCGGUUUCUGUAUUUACGACGAAGAGACUUGAUUAUACGGUGACAUAAGAAUGCAGAACGAGGAGGGAAAACUCACCGAGUUAUACGUUCCUAGGAAAUGCUCUGCCACUAACAGACUCAUAACUGCAAAGGACCAUGCCUCGGUUCAGAUGAACAUUGGCCAUUUGGAUGAGAAUGGUAUCUACAAUGGUCAUUUUUCCACGUUUGCUCUCUGUGGUUUCGUUCGAGCACAGGGCGAGGCUGACAGUGCACUAGAUAGGUUAUGGCAGAAGAAGAAGACAGAAGUUAAACAACACUAGAAGUGAUCAAUUUUUUGCCCCAAGUUCUAUGAUUCCUGGACAUAUUUCACUAUUAUGAUUGUGGAACUUUGGUAAUUUAGUUAUAACUUUUGCUA